AGCAACUGAUCAGCAGGGUGGGAAUGCUGGAGGAUCGCACGGCGGGCCCGAGAUUUGGCAGGACCGGGCGAUUUCGCAAGCGAGUUUCCUAGUAGACUUUUCCCGUUGUGUACAAGCGGACACGCGCUUUUCUGGGACUGUUGAGCGAGUGGUGAUGUAUUCUCGUCAGAAGUUUGUAGAGCAGAUAUCCGGUUCUGACUCCGCGGCACCGCUGCUUUUGAAGGCCAACUGUUCGGUAUUUGAUGCUUUUCCGACGACGACUCCAGACUUGCUCUUCCUGCAUCCGAGGGCCGGGAAUGCAGAGUACCUGAUUCCGCGGAUCUUCAGUAGACGCCUAGGACCGACCCAACCAUUUCCGAAACUUCUAAUUUUGCCCUUCAACCCGAAUUUCGGUCCGACUGCCCGGCGGCGCCCUUAUUUCUUGAAGAAGCAACUGACGUCUUUAGCCAACACAAUCUGGCGCGAAAACGCGCGAGAGGACGAAGCGCCGGCUCCCGAGCGCGAAACCGGUUCGGAUUUUUUGACAGUUUCAACCGAUCGCGACGAGAUUGAGCUGCGUUUGCACUGGUCCCGUGCUCGCGAACGAGAUUUGUGGGAAUCGCAGUGGUCCCUCGCCGCAAUUGCCGACAUGCUCAGUCGCCGCUACACCUUGGUGCGGGUGGUGCACUCUUUUGCAGUGUUUCAGCUCACCUCACUGCUCUCAGAGGAACAGAGGGUAGCCUUGGCCGAGGACCGCAGCACCUGGACUGCAAAGGACGCAGACUUUGGAGGGGUCGCGAAGAAGGCUUCUUUCGUUGGCAAAGUUUUCGGUCGGAUCGAGACCAAUACCGAGCGCUUAUGGAAGGAAGGUUGGUACUGCAAUCCGCUGAGCUACCGCUUGCUCGAUGGCUAUUUCGUUGCUAGAGAAGAGAUGCCAGAGGACAACAUUGCUCCGAGUGGGAGCGGUGUUGGUCAGGAUGCAACGCCGAGGUCAAGCGACGCCAAUUCACUAGCUGCGACAACUUCAAGUAGACAAGCAGUUGCUGCAACUGAUGCGCUUUCGCGGCGGCCCUUUGACGAUUCCGCUGAAAAUGCACGGCCAAGCAAGAUGCGAGAUCAAAGUGGUUCACUGAUUCUCUCAUCAAGACAAGUUGUGUCAAAGAGGGCCGCGGAUGCAGCUGCUUCGGUGAAGUCGCUUCUCUCGGCUCAAAGUAGUUCUGACACAGGCGAUUUCAUAGUGGAAUUUCCAGAGCGGCCUGGAUUUUCGUACGUUCUUCAGCGCGCUUCUCGUGGACGGUGUCACGCUUCGCUGGGCCUGUGCGAGUGCUUCCCGCCAUUUCAUGGGCUGUUGUGCGAAAAGGUGGAUGAGGUGGCAGAACAGUCAGCAGUGGUGUACGGGACGACGACUCCUGUGCAUAAUCUUGAGGAGCUAUUGACACUGCCGCUCAAGACGUUGCGCAACGUGAGCCCUUCGUUGUGGCAUACGAUUCCGCUCGUGGUGUUUCACGACGCGCCGUUAUCGGGAGAGCACAAAGCUGCGAUAGCGCGACGUUCGCGGCCGUUGCGAGUAUGGUUCUCGUACCUUUCAGACUGGGUAGCGCAAGUACCACAGCACGACCUGUCAAGGUCGGAAGCCAGUUUGGGCUACCGGCAUCAGUGUCGUUGGAAAUCCGGACCUUUGUUCAAGGAACCAGCAUUGCAGCAUUUCGAAUUUCUCUUCUUCUUCGACACGGACAGCUAUUUUCCAGAAAUCGAAAUCAAAGAUCAAGGUAUCAAAUUCUUAAUGUCUAACAGCUUGUAAGUAUUAAUGUCAUCCUUUGGAGGUGCAUUUUGAUUUUCCUGUGAAGUGUAUUCUCAUGUUGCGUGUGCUUAUCGCACGACCAAGUGCGACGCAUAAGCACAACUAGCACAAUGCAUAAUCAAAGCGAGAUCUUCGCAGGUAGUGUCGCGGGCAGCAGCGACGUAGUCUCUGUGGACUAUCUGAGCGCCGCAAUCGAGCAAAUGAGGGAGGCUGAGCAUGUCUACGCCUACGUCCAUCGCACGCGGGAAAAGGACAGCAUGGUUGCCUUUCUCUGGGAUUACACGAAGAUGUACCUUGCCGACCAUAAGAUGGCGCCCCCACGGGAGGACAUUGAUCAUGUAAGUCUGUACAAUGAGCUACCUUUACGGCUAGUUUUUCACUAUCCUCCUAUGUGUGCGGACUAUGCUGAGUGGGAGUGGAGUCCCCCUGGAUUUAAAGGGGAAAAUAAUGGGGGAAAAGGAUAGCUCACUCCUCCAGGAAUGGUCGUGAAAAACGAGCGCUAAGUCCUGACAUGCAUUUCGACUUGCUGGGCCGUGCAGCCAAGUUGAGAGAGCUAAUCAUGGAAGCUGAAGAAAAACGGCGGGAGAUGGCAGAAGAGGUGACAGCGGAAAAAGAAAAGCUGCUCAAACAACUUGCCACUCUUCGAACGGCGCAGGAAAUCCCACAAUGGGAAGAGAACAAGGACGCCAGAGUAACAAACGAAAGUGCAACCGGCUUGGCUUCAGGUGAUGGCUCAUCUUCGUCAGAAACUGUGAAGACCUCGAAAUGUAAGGCGAACAAUGGGAGUGCACCAAUUAACAUCACAAUCGGCAACUCCAUUGCUGCAGGGGCACUCGAGGAUGAAAUUCGUCACUUAGAUUUGAGAUUGGCACAGAUGCGACAUCCUGAAAUUCUGCAGAAGAGCAACGGACCACAAGGAGGGACUACGUCCAUAUCGAACGAGACGACAACUACGUCUGUAGGUUCUUCAAAAGAUGAUUUCUCAACAGCUGUUACAGCCACUGCCCUUGUUCGCGAGUAUCUUGGGCUGGACCUCGCGGCCACCCUUGCAGAAGGCGACUUGGAAGGGUUCUUUCGCAACAACACUUAUCUUUUCCGGUGGAAUCGGCACGUCUACAUGACAGACCUUGAAAUCAUGUACCUACCGUGGUUUCGCUCUAAACGUGUGUACGACUAUUUUCACUAUGUCGACUCGCUCCACGGUUGGUACACGGAUCGAUGGGGGGACCACGCGUUUCGCACACUGCAGUUGAAGAUCUUCCUAGGCGAAGCCUGGAACGGAACGUCCGCACCAGGUGUGCUUCAACUCUCGGACUUUCCCUAUGGCCACCAGCGCUUUUGCACUUGCGGCGAGUCGGUGUCGCUCACCUGUGACAAGGAGCGGCGUUGCUUUCGAGAACCGAAGCCCUUCGAGCGGCGGUGGCGCUCGGAAAGCAGUCUCGACUAGUCACCUGCGAGAACGGGUGGUGGUGAAAGCUGUGUGUUCCUUCAUAGGCCGCCGCGGCAGUAGAAAUUUGAUAUGGACUAGUUGAGAUAGCCGCAUUUCCUCGCAGGUGCUCCAUUUUUUAGGGUAUCUUUAACUCAUGUUUGAGACUCUAAUAUAUUACGUGUGAUUACGCCAUAUUUCACAAGACGUACAAAUGAAAGCGAAUUUGAAACUCGAUCCAACGCAGAAGAAUAACGCAUGAAUGAAAGUGUACAACAAGCGAUUUCGAUUCAAGCCACGACACUGCUCAAACCAGCGUGCCUGCCUGAGUGUGGGAUCUGAAAGUUAGAAGAAGAUGGCAGCCCUCCACGGCAGUCCGACACGAUAAAGUUAGUAGUUGCAUGCAAGUGCAGUGAUGGAAACUGGAUCUAAAGGUCGCU